UGUAGUUAAGGGGCACCUGCUUUCUGUUGUAAUGUUACAUUUCAGGUUUUGAUGUAGUUUAAAAAAAUCACUAACAUUUUUUUAACAAGUGUAAAUGUUGUGCGUGCCACAAAAUGGGGGUACAGGGACACACACACACACACACACACACUAUAGUUUGCAUGUAUGUAUUCACAUUAGGGGGACAAUGGAACAAUGUACAGAUUUUCAGGACAUUGGGACUUUAAUUCACCAAAGUGGCAUUCACCAGAUUACAAUGUAUAGCAAGGUUAUUCAAAUAACAUGAAACGUUAUUGUUACUAUUUUAACUGCUAUACAGCUAUUCAAACGCUCUAUUUAAGCACAGUAUGUGUAUAUUCUUCUUACUAAACGAUCACAUAAGUACUAAGAUAAAAGUGUACUCCACUAAACAGGACACAUAUGAAUUGAUUGCUAUAGUGAUGACACCGACCGUUCUUCACUUUCACUUUAAAACCCAGGUUUGGAUCUUCAAUAGUGGCCUUUACCUCCACGUACUAUUAUUAGCAUACAUUAUCGGCACUAUAACAUCUUAUUUCUGACGCAUGCCAUGUAUAUAUACCUUUAUUAAUCAGUGCUAAUCCCCGCAUUUUUAGUCUCCGCUACAACAAUGCGCUCUGCAUCGUUCCCGCUUCCAUCUGUUUGAAGAUUAAAGUGUAGGCUACACGAAAGACGACUCGCCUCAUAGCAGUCACUUGUGAUUGGCUGAAUGUUAAUUCACUCAAAUCUAUGUAACUAACCAGAUAACAUGGGCGGGAAUAUUGGCGGAGGUGUGUCGAAAAAGUGCGGAGGACAGAACCAUUUUUAUCUGAAAGUGGGGGUAUUCCCGCACAUGGUGCCACCCCUAUUUAGCGGAGAUACGUGACUUAAGUCUUAAAAAACAAGUGCUUAUGUACAUUUAUAAAAAAUAUAUAUUUUGUAUUGCGGGUUUAUUUGGUGCCCCUAAAGUCUUGGUGCCCCUGGGCACUAGCCCAAUUGCCCAUAUGGUUAAUCCGCCUCUGCCCCCAGUGGCGAAAUGUCGUCGAGUUUUGAAACGUUUCGAAACAGUGAAGACGUAACGAAGUCUCGUUUGCUAAAAAAUCACGUGACUAAGCCAGAUACGCGCUUCGAAGCACUGAUUCCAUACAAAAGAUUCGAUACGGGUUUCGAAGCUUCAUGAAGCCUGUUUCGAAAGCGCCCAUCACCACCUUUCUCUGCGGCUUAGUGCAGCACGAUUGAAGCCAAAAAUUACCAUAAAAUUAUCUUUGUUCGUUAUAACAGGCACUUGAAUGUAUUGGGAUGUCUGCGACCGACUGGUACGCGCACAAGUCGCUGGAAAAUGGGGUAUUUUGGAUCCAGGAACGGUUUUAUGAAUCGGGGAACAGGGCGAAUAUCUGGCUCAUUCGGGGCUCUCAUCAGGACGUCGUCAUAGAUACCGGGCUGGGUUUACGAAGUCUGCCUGAAUACAUCAAUGCUAAAGGGCUGUUAGGGGACGACGCGAAGCGAAAGAACCCACUGUUAGCAAUAGCAACGCAUGUGCAUUUCGACCAUUCGGGUGGGCUGCAUCAGUUUCAACAGGUGGGCGUGCACAAGGCAGAGGUGGAUGCUCUGGCUAACGGAGAUAACUUCGAGACCGUGACAUGGCUAUCUGACCGCGAGAUCGUGGAGGACCCAGCACCUGGAUGGAGGGCAAGACAGUACCGAGUGAAGGCUGUGACGCCAACACAUAUAUUACAAGAAGGUGAUGUCAUCAAUCUUGGGGACCGGCAACUGACUGUCCUCCAUAUGCCGGGUCAUUCCAGAGGCAGCAUUUGUCUCCAUGACAAGGAGAGUAAGAUGCUGUUCAGUGGUGACGUAGUCUAUGACGGUUCCAUGAUUGAUUGGCUGCCCUACAGUAGGAUCGGCGACUACGUGCGUAGCUGCGAGCGGCUGGUGGAGAUGGUCAAGAAAGAAGAGAUUGACCAGGUCAUGCCGGGCCACUAUAACACUUUUGGCAGCAAGCGGUUACAUCGGUUAGCCUCUAACUACAUCGCUGGUGCAGGUAUCUGCCACAGAGCCUCUGCCUGUGUGGUGAAGUCCAUUGCUGGCCUGGCACUUCGAGCAUCCAAUUCACAAAGUGCCUGUUUGUAGAUGUGAUGAAGACUAGUAUGCAAACAAAUGUUGCUUCACACAUCAGUUUUGAGCAUAUCGAAGACACUGAGCAACACAGUGUGUUGUCGGAAGUACAGUAUGCUGUACAGUAUUUGUGUUGGUAAUGGUUUAAAAUCUUUGUGCUGCUUGUCCUUUAAGCCAGUGGUUCUCAACUGGUUUGGCCAUGGGACCUACAUUUUCUAAUGGUCAUCAAGCCGCAACCCAAUUUUUUCAAAAUAAAAAAUUUGCAGAUAUGACUAAUACUUAGGAAUGAACAGCCUAUAAGAAAAGGCUAUUCAAAAGCAGUCCCAAAGUAGUUUUUAAAUUAAACGAUGUUUGCAUGAGUCGCCACAGUCAUGUAAACAUAUACAAAAAUAACACAAAGUGAAAAUGACAUGGCAUUUUUGGGUUAUGGGAACAAGAGUUACUAUAUAUAAUAUACUCAAUACUAAUAUGAACUGUUAAUGAAACAUGGAAACUGCUGAAUAGAAUAGCAAAUCCUUCCCAGUUAACACACAAAGUACCAGUUAUGUGAUUUAUUGGUAACUUACUUUACUUUUAUUUCACACGUUGCAUGUGUGCAUUGCCACAUUUGCAUGAGUGUGCGCUGCAAGCGAGCAUAGUAUAACGUCUAACAUGACAGAAUAGUUUUUUUUUUUAGGUGAGAGACUUUUUUAUUUUGCAUCAAGUUACGAAAAUUACGAUAAAAUAAUGACACUGUAAACCUGACAGCAUCUCACCUCAGAUACUGAAUGAAUCGGGACAGCGCGUUUUUCUCAGGCACUUUUCACUUAAACUGCAUCUGUCAACAGAUUUCAGGCACGUUUUUCAAAAUAGCAUCAGAAAAGCGUUUAGAAUUACGUUUUCUUUUUUGUUUUUUCUUUGACUGACCCCACCAGUUGAGAAACACUGUUUCAAGACAUCAAAUAAUAGACAUUGCCAUAAUUACAAGGUGCUGUGUGUUAUUUUUAACUUUGAAAAUAGUAUGUCCUUUCACAGCUUAAUGUACUGAGGCAACAAUAAGGAAGCCCACUGCACCUUUAAUCAAUAAUUUAUAAAAACCAUAAUAAAGAUAUAAAAACCA